AUGUUAACUAUAAUAUUCUUCUAUUUUCUUGUAUCUCUAAUUUCUGCUAAAAGUAAUUUUGAAAUCUUAAUUACUGUCAAUGAAUCAACAUCAUAUAUUGAUGACAUAAAUGGUUUAUCUACUAAUCGAACAUUUAUUUAUUUACUAUAUACAUAUACUGAACCGUAUCAAUUAGUUAAAUUAAAUACAUCGACUAUGUUACCAAUAAGUCAAUGUAUUUUACCAUAUCAUUAUAAUGAUACUAUAGGCCGACAAUUAUUUUUUCUUUUACCAUAUACAGAUGAUUUAAUGUUUGUUGGUUUUAUUCAAAAUUUGUAUAAACCAGAAGGAUUUUCGUAUUUACAAGGAAUUGAUUUACAAUCAAUGACUGUUAAUGAAAAUAUUAAUCAAACAUUUCCUUUUCAAACAUUUACUAAAUUCGUAUGGUUUCAAUCAAUACCGGAGAAGAAGAAAAUUUUAGCGAAUUUUUGGCAAUGGGAUAUAACAACAAAUGAACUUACAAAACCUCGAAUCACCGGUGGUAAAUUACCAUCAAAUACUUCUUAUGAUACUUGGUUAUUGCCCAGUAUGUCUCCGGCUGAACCACCACAAUUAUUUUUCUUAUGUGAAAAAUAUAUUGUAUAUACAUUGAAUAUUAGUUCAUCGACUAAAUGGAAUAUAAAUAAACAACUUUCGAAAAUAUCAUUAGAUUUUCUAAUAAAAUCAAUAUCAUUUCAUUUGGAUACAAUUAAUUCAACAACAAUUGCUGUUAUUGAUGAAAAAACAAAUAUUUAUAUUUAUAAUUUAUAUAAUAAACAAUUAACUUUAACAUUUAAUUUACGUCAAUUAUUUCCUGAUUAUCCACGUAUGUCGGAACAAAUACCAAAUAAUUUACGUGCUAAUGAAGAAUUUAUCUAUAUAACAAGUUCCACAAAUGUUGAACCAUAUGAUCAACAAUAUCUAUUUCGUAUUGAUUUAAAUAAUAUACCAAAAAAUAUCGAUUUAAUUCAAAUUUCUGAUGAAAAUUUUGGUUUAACUCAAUUAAUUCCAUCGAAAGAUACUGUUUAUUCAUUUGAACGAUUAUAUGAAGCAGAAAAUUAUUUUAAUAUUUAUAAAAUUGGAACACCUUUAAACAAAAACUAA